GAUCUGUUGCCAUUUUUUCCGGAAUUCACAACGAUUGAGCACUUUAAAGAUCCGCUGUGUGCGUGUUUAAAGGAACAUUCUGGAAAGAUUAUGGAAUUACAAAAGGAGAUGAAAGAGGCAACAGAUAUCGCUGAGGAAAUUCGACAGCAAAUGAGCAAACUCAAUAAUAGGUCGACAAUAAUUCGCGCGAGUGAUCAGUGUGCGCUGUGCUAUGAGCAGGCGUUGUCGAGGGCUGUUUUUGCGUUUGCGUGCAGACAUUUCUUUCAUCGUGAUUGCUUGGAGAGGGAGGUGCAGAAGGGGUGGACUGAGGAGGAUCAUUCGAAAUUUUCGAAGUUAUUAGAGAAGGAAAAAUUACUACAAAGGCAGUUGGAUGAUAUGGAAAAGAAACAACUUUCGACGCCGAAACGUCGAAAAGGUUUUUAG